AUGUCCGACUCGACCUCUUCCCCCGCGGCUGCUCCCACCUCGAGCGCCAUUGCGCGCCCCGUCAGCGAGGCCCUUCUCAACGAGAAGUGGGACCGCUGCCUCUCCAACCUCCUCAUCAAGUCCACCCUCGGUCUCGGCUUCGGCGUCGUCUUCUCCGUCCUCGUCUUCAAGCGGAGGGCGUGGCCCGCCUUUGUCGGCGUCGGUUUCGGUGCCGGCCGCGCGUACGAGGAGUGCAACAGCAGCCUGAAGCAGGCCGCCAGGGACAUCCGUGCCCAGGCUUAA